AGCAUAUCUCCCUUAAGGUAUUCUAUGCCUUCUUGCAAAAAGUAUCAAAGUGCACACUCCACUCUAAGAUGUCAGCAGCAUGAGUGUACCCUCACGCAGACACCCAACCUACACAAUACUCAACAACCUGUUUUGUGAAAAAAAUCUGCAAAGUUCCAAUGGUCCCGUAAAGAAGUCCAUGCGGGAGAAGGCUGUCGAGAGAAGGAAUGUCAAUAAGGAGCAUAAUAGUAAUUUCAAGGCCGGAUAUAUUCCAAUCGAUGAAGAUCGCCUCCAUAAAACGGGAUUGAGGGGGAGAAAGGGCAAUUUAGCUGUCUGUGUCAUUAUCCUGUUGUUUAUCCUGGCUGUCAUCAACUUAAUUAUAACACUUGUUAUCUGGGCUGUGAUUCGCAUCGGGCCAAAUGGCUGUGACAGCAUGGAGUUUCAUGAAAGCGGCCUGCUCCGGUUUAAGCAAGUAUCUGACAUGGGAGUUAUACAUCCUCUUUAUAAGAGCACAGUAGGAGGAAGGCGAAAUGAAAACUUGGUUAUCACUGGCAACAACCAGCCUAUUGUUUUCCAGCAAGGGACAACAAAGCUCAGUGUCGAAAAGAACAAAACUUCUAUCACCAGUGACAUUGGCAUGCAGUUUUUUGACCCGAGGACGCAGAAUAUCUUGUUCAGCACAGACUAUGAAACUCAUGAGUUUCAUUUGCCAAGUGGAGUGAAAAGUUUGAAUGUUCAAAAAGCAUCUACCGAAAGGAUUACCAGCAAUGCUACUAGUGACUUAAAUAUAAAAGUUGACGGGCGUGCUAUCGUGCGUGGAAAUGAAGGUGUAUUCAUUAUGGGCAAAACCAUUGAAUUUCACAUGGGCGGUAAUAUGGAGUUAAAGGCAGAAAACAGCAUCAUCCUAAACGGAACUGUGAUGGUUAGCACAAGUCGCCUACCUAGUUCCUCCAGCGGAGACCAGUUUGGGAUGGGCAACUGGGUGCGUUACAAGCUGUGUAUGUGUGCGGACGGGACGCUCUUCAAAGUACAAGUGACGGGCCAGAACAUGGGCUGCCAGAUCUCAGACAAUCCCUGUGGAAACACUCACUAGAAGAGCCCGAGAGGUCACCUGAGUGUUCAUAUCAUGACUUUUUUUAAGAGUGUGCAUGCAAGUCAUGUUUUUAGAGAGUUUGCGGUAACUCUCACCUACAGAGCACUACCGUACCUAUUAUGUAAUCUCCAUAUUUAAAAGAUUCUCAGCUUAAAUUUGAAUACAUUUCAUUAAGUUGCACUGAUCUUCAAAUUACAGUUCUAAAGUAAUUAUCAGAUGUGAAUACAAGCAAAAUACAUCUUCAAAGAAGGAUUUUUAAAAUCCCACGGUUCCUUGUCUAAAGGAUAAAGGGCUGAAGCAACCGUUUAUACUCACUGUAAGUACAUUUGGUAAAUGGGGAUACACCCAUUUAAGGGGUUUGAAAGGUGGCGCCGUUAGUAAAUGUUACAUGCUCUGUCUUUUGGCUUCUAAGAGAAUGGUCUCAGAUUUUUAGUGCAUUAAUUUUCAGCUGUGUUCUCAAUGUAAGUGAAAUCAUUAAAGAACGUCACAUAUGUGAUUGGUAAGAAACUAAGGUUUCUUAGUUUUGCACUAGGAUGAAAAUACUCUGUAGAAUAUUUACUUGCUAAGUAUUGAUGAGUAUGAAAUGUUCACAAUGUGGUAGAAAUUGAAACACCAGCUUUGUUAGAUCCUGAUGACAGCUGUCAUUUACAUGACUCAUUCUAGCCACUGUCCCAGGCACUGAGUCUGUAACAUCGCUGAUUCACCACAGCUGUGGAUGUAGGGCUUAUUAUCCCAGGUUUUCCCCUUAGGAAACUGAGGAUCAGAGGAGUUAAGAGACUUACCUUAUGUCACACAGUAUAAUAACUGCCCGAGUUGGGACUGGAGCUCACAUGUGAUUCAAACCUAAAAUGUACCUACCUCCAAAUACUGUGUCCUUUUCACUAUCUGCACUGAAGUCUUAAUAUUUAAAAAU